AUCAGCUCCAAACAAGAGCAUGUAUGCAUGCGUGACCAGAUCACCACCAACAACCUUGGGGGAUCGACAGCUCCAGCUCGAUGUUGCUUGGGCCGUCUCAGCCGCCAGCGUCCUCUGCGAGAUCCACCUGCUAGAGACGACUAUAGAGCAGAACCCCAGGGGAUAAAGUACCUACAUCCUGUCCACUGUCCUCCAGCUUUCACUUCGUAGCUGGAGGCAGUCACCCGCCCAGCACCUGCUUGCAGGUUCUCCUCACCUUGUUGGACUACCGCCCGUGUCAGCGGAGUGCCUGCCUGGAUAGCUAGUUAGCUGGUGACCGGACCUUCGCUGCCUAUCGACAGAUCUGCCCGGUACCGGCUCGACGCUUCGCUCCUUCCCCUCUUCCCGCUCUAAAUUCGCUUGGCUGGGCCACGACGACCCUUUCCUUGCACAUUACAAAGAAUCAUCGCAGUUGCCAAGAUGUCAGCCCCAAACGGUCCAUCGAUCUCCAACCCACUCUCGGCCUACGUACCGGGUACCAAGGCUUGGUUCCCGGACAAGGAUCAAGGCUGGAUCAGCGCUACGCUCAUCAAACCCGCGUCACCCUCUUCGUCGGAUGACGUCGUGCUCGAGUUCACACUUGACGAGACGGGUCAGCCGCGGACGGUCAAGACGACGCGCCAGAAGAUUGAUGCGUUCAACAACAACGCCGCGGCGGCUGCCGCCGGCGGAUUGGCCGAGACAACCACCGGGGGCAGUGCGUUGCCUGACGGACAGCUGCCGCCGCUGCGAAACCCUCCGAUGCUCGAGGCGACGGAUGAUUUGACUAACUUGAGUUAUCUGAACGAGCCGGCUGUCCUGCACACCAUCCUCAAUCGAUACUCGCAGCGCAACAUCUACACCUAUUCAGGUAUCGUCCUGAUCGCCGUGAACCCGUUCUACGCUUUGAACCUGUACUCGCCAGAGGUCAUCCAGGCGUACAGCGGCAAACGGCGCGGAGAGCUGGAGCCCCAUUUGUUCGCCAUCGCAGAAGAUGCGUACAGGUGCAUGAUUCGUGACGAGAAGGAUCAGACCAUCGUCGUCAGUGGUGAAUCAGGAGCCGGAAAGACCGUCUCGGCCAAGUACAUCAUGCGGUACUUUGCAACUGUCGAAGAUCCCGACCGGCCGACCGGCGUGUCAGCACGCAAAGCCUUGCCCGGCAACGCUGCAGCAGCGGCCGCCGCCGCUGCCAACUCGGCCGCCACGGCGAACGGGGGCAUGAGCGAGACGGAGCAGCAGAUCCUCGCGACUAAUCCGAUCAUGGAGGCUUUCGGUAACGCCAAGACGACGCGGAACGACAACAGUUCGAGAUUUGGCAAGUAUAUUGAAAUCCUCUUUGACAAGAAGCACGUCAUUGUUGGCGCAAAGAUGCGGACUUACCUGCUUGAACGAUCUCGUCUCGUCUAUCAGCCAGAGACCGAGCGCAAUUAUCAUAUCUUCUAUCAACUCUGCGCAGGCGCACCUUCUUCUGAGCGAAAGGACCUCGGUCUGGAGGACGCCAAAGCGUUUCACUACCUUAACCAAGGCGGCGACACGGUCAUCGCGGGUGUCAAUGAUGCAGAAGAAUUCCGCGCGACACAGAAGGCGCUGUCCACCGUCGGCCUGACGAUCGAGAAGCAGUGGCAAAUCUUCCGGUUGCUUGCGGCGCUCUUGCAUCUCGGCAAUGUCCAGAUCACCGCCACGCGCAACGACUCGAUGAUCGCCGAGGACGAGCAGAGCUUGUUCAUCGCGUCUCGCAUGAUCGGCAUCGACACGUAUGAAUUCAAAAAGUGGAUCGUCAAGAAGCAGCUCACCACGCGGGGGGAGAAGAUUGUCAGCAAUCUCAACCUGCAGCAGGCGAUCGGCGUGCGCGACAGUGUGGCAAAGUACAUCUACUCGAGCCUAUUCGACUGGCUCGUCGUCCAGAUGAACCACAGCCUCGCGCUGGGAUCCGGAUCGACGCGCGAUAGAAUGAUCGGCGUGCUGGACAUCUACGGCUUUGAGCGCUUCAAGGUCAACUCGUACGAGCAGUUCUGCAUCAACUAUGCCAACGAGCGUCUGCAGCACGAGUUCAACGAGCACGUCUUCCGGCUCGAGCAGGAGGAGUAUAUGAACGAAAAGAUCCAGUGGACCUUCAUCAACUUUAGCGACAACCAACCGACGAUCGACAUGAUCGAGAGCAAGCUCGGCAUCCUCUCGCUGCUCGACGAGGAGUCUCGUCUACCAUCCGGCUCGGAUGGGUCUUUCCUGACCAAAUUGUUCACGCAGCUUGACCGCAGGCCCGAGUUCAAGAACUCGUUCAAGCAUCCGCGCUUUGGCAACUCUAGCUUCACCGUGUGCCAUUACGCGCUGGAUGUCAACUACGCAAUCGAGGGCUUUCUCGAGAAGAACAGGGACACCGUGCCGGACGAACAGCUUGCGCUGCUGCAGUCCACCACCAACCCUUUCCUCAAGGAGGUCUUCGAUGCUGCGUUCGCCGCCUCUCAGGCCGCCAAGGAGGCGCAGCAGCAGGCAGCCGAAGGUGCAGCGGCUGCCACCAGCGGUGACAAAGGCGCUGCUGCGGCUCCCGCCCCAGCCCCCGGCCUGCGGAAGGUUGGAGGGAUCGUCAAGAAGCCGACGCUCGGUUCGCAGUUCAAAGCCUCGCUCGUCAGCCUUAUGGACACGAUCGACAACACAAAUGUCCACUACAUCCGCUGCAUCAAGCCCAACGAGCAGAAGAAAGCCUGGGCCGUCGAGCCGCAGAGCGUCCUUGGCCAGUUACGUGCAUGCGGUGUUCUCGAGACUAUCCGCAUCAGCUGUGCCGGCUACCCGAGCAGAUGGACCUUCUCCGAGUUUGCCGCGCGCUACUACAUGCUAGUCCCGUCGCAGCAGUGGGACAUGUCUAGCGAAGAGGCCGCCCGGCAGCUUUCGUCCGUCAUUCUCAAGUCUGUCGUCAGCGAAGAUGACAAAUACCAGAUUGGGCUCACCAAGCUCUUCUUCCGCGCCGGCAUGCUCGCGCACUUUGAGCAGCGCCGCACGGACCGCCUCAACCACCUCACCACGCUCAUCCAGAAGAACCUGCGACGCCACGUGUACCAGAAGCGGUACCAGACCAUGCGUACCAACUCGGUCAAAAUCCAGUCGUGGUGGCGCAUGAAGCUCGCCCAGUCCUAUGUCGCCGAACUACGCCUGCAGACGACCGCCACGCGCCUGCAGACGGCCAUCCGCGCGCAUCUCGCACGCCAGCACUUUUCUCAGGUCCGCACGGCCAUGGUCCGGUUGCAGGCCCUCAUCCGCGGCCGGCAGGUGCGGGCGCGCUUCGCGCAGACCCGCACGCACUUUGCCGCCACGCGCUUGCAAAGCCUCUUCCGUGGCGUGCUGGCGCGUCGCCAGCUGCGCAGGAACCGCCAGGGCAUCAUCCUCAUCCAGUCGAUGCAUCGUCGGCGCCUGGCCAAGCGCGAGCUCAUCGCGUUGCGCAACGAGGCGAAGAGCGUCAAGCACUUCAAGGAGGUCUCUGGUAAGCUGGAGAACAAGGUCGUAGAGCUUACGCAGAACCUCCAGAAGCGCACACGCGAAAACAAGGAGCUCGUCGCCAAGAUCCGCGCACUCGAGGCGCAGGUCGCGCAGUGGCAGGGCAAGCAUGAUGAGCUGGAUGCCAAAGCGAGGGUGCUGCAGACCGAGCUCGAUAAGCCCAGCGUGCCGCAUGCCGAAUGGCAUGAGCUGCUGAUUGCCAAGAAGGAGGUGGAUGCGAAGCAUGAGGCUUCACUGCGCCGCAUCAACGAGCACGAAAAGCUCAUCGCGCAGCUCCGCGAGGAGGCCGCCAACCACGCACAGGAGCUCGAAGCGCGGGAGAACGCGAUCGCCACAUCGGCCAAGACGUCUGAAGAAGACAUUGCGCUGAUGAACUCCCUGCGUGCGGAGAUUGGCGCUCUCAAGGAGCAGCUCAACCGCGCCAAUGCGCUCAAUACGCUGCAGAAGAACUCGCAGCGCAUCGAGAAUGCUGCUCCGCCUGUAUUCAACAUGGCUACAGGUCGGGAGAACGGCUACGUGAAUGCUCCAAAGAGACGUGCCAGGAGACAUAGCGAGGCCGAGGCGCUUGAGCAGCCGAUGAGCAUGGGUGAUGACGAGGAUGUCAUGGCGGCGGCCAAGCGGAGCGCGGCCAUCGCAAACCGCCAUGUGUCCGUUGCCUUUGGUACUGAUGGUCAGAUUCCUGGCUUUGGCCAGCGGGGUGUUUAUGACGAGGACUAUGAUGACGACCCCUCGGAGGAGAUCAUUAAGAUCCUCGAGAACGAGGAGCAGCUCGAUGAAGAUGUGCUCAACGGGCUCAUCCGCUACCUCAAGAUCCCUGCGCCGAGUUUGCAGAACCCUCCGUCGCCCAAGGAGGUCCUCUUCCCAGCACAUCUCAUCUCGCUCGUUACGAACGAGAUGUGGAAAUAUGGCAUGGUGCGCGAGAGCGAACGAUUCCUGGCCAACGUCAUGCAGACAAUUCAGCAGCACGUCAUGAGCUUCCAAGGCGACGAUGCGAUCGUGCCCGGCAUCUUCUGGCUCUCCAACGUCCAUGAGAUUCUUUCGUUCGUCUGCAUCGCCGAAAGCGAUAUGCUGCAAGGCAUCGGCCCCGGUGCCGAUGGCGCGGCAAGGUCUUUCGAGUGGGGAGACUAUGAGCGUCUGGUUACCAUCGUCAAGCAUGACUUGGACAGUCUCGAGUACAACAUCUACCACACUUGGAUGCAAGAGGCCAAAAAGAAGCUGCACAAGAUGGUCAUCCCUGCGCUUGUUGAGUCGCAGUCGCUUCCUGGAUUCGUAACGAGCGACGGCGGAGGAGGUCGGCUCUUCCGCGGCCUGCUCUCGGGCGCUACGACACCACCGUACGCCAUGGACGACAUCUUGGCGGUGCUGAACAAGGUCUGGAAGAGUCUUAAAAGCUACUAUGUUGAACCCUCCGUCACGCAGCAGGUCGUCACUGAGCUGCUAAAGCUGAUUGGCGUGACAAGCUUCAACGAUCUCCUAAUGCGGCGGAACUUCUGCUCGUGGAAGCGAGCCAUGCAGAUCCAGUACAACAUUACGCGUAUCGAGGAGUGGUGCAAGUCGCACGACAUGCCUGAAGGCACACUGCAGCUUGAGCAUCUCAUGCAGGCGACCAAGUUGCUGCAGCUCAAGAAAGCUACGCUGGGCGAUAUCGACAUUAUUUACGACGUCUGCUGGAUGCUGACACCAACGCAGAUCCAAAAGCUGAUCAGCCACUACUAUGUCGCUGAUUAUGAGAAUCCCAUCUCGCCAGAGAUCCUAAAGGCUGUCGCUGCGCGGGUCGUGCCCAAUGACCGCAACGAUCACCUCCUGUUACCACCAGAAGUCGACGAAGCUGGUCCCUACGAGCUCCCGAUACCGAGGGAAGUGACGGGCAUCGAGACGUACUGCCCCGCAUACAUUUCGGUUCCGUCGAUCAGGAGACUGGCAUCCAAGGUUGCAUAAUGACGGUGCAGAGCACACUGUAGAUUACAAUUUGGUCAUCACGAAUGGAUCUGCUAUAGGUCUUGA